GCGCGGGGAUAUUUCUGCCUUGGAAGCCUGUCGAGGAACGCUGAGGGGUCCCAGCUCCCCUGGGCUGGCUGCGGCACAAAUGCUGGAUGACAGAGCCAGGAUGGAGAUCGCCAAGAAGGAAAAGGCGGAACAGAUCCUGGCGGAGUUCCAGCUGCAGGAGGAGGACUUGAAGAAGGUGAUGAGGCGGAUGCAGAAGGAGAUGGACCGAGGCCUGAGGCUGGAGACCCACGAGGAGGCCAGUGUGAAGAUGCUGCCCACCUACGUGCGCUCCACCCCAGAGGGCUCAGAAGUUGGGGACUUCCUCUCCCUGGACCUGGGUGGCACCAACUUCCGGGUGAUGCUGGUGAAGGUGGGAGAAGGCGAGGCGGGACAGUGGAGUGUGAAAACCAAGCACCAGAUGUACUCCAUCCCCGAGGAUGCCAUGACGGGCACUGCUGAGAUGCUCUUUGACUACAUCUCUGAGUGCAUCUCUGACUUCCUGGAUAAACAUCAGAUGAAGCAUAAGAAGCUGCCCUUGGGCUUCACUUUCUCCUUUCCCGUGAGGCAUGAAGACAUCGACAAGGGCAUCCUUCUCAACUGGACCAAGGGUUUCAAGGCCUCGGGAGCAGAAGGCAACAACAUCGUGGGGCUCCUGCGAGAUGCCAUCAAACGGAGAGGUGACUUUGAGAUGGACGUGGUGGCGAUGGUGAAUGACACUGUGGCCACAAUGAUCUCCUGCUACUAUGAAGACCGCCGGUGUGAGGUUGGCAUGAUUGUGGGCACCGGCUGCAACGCUUGCUACAUGGAGGAGAUGCAGAACGUGGAGCUGGUGGAAGGGGACGAGGGCCGCAUGUGUGUCAACACCGAGUGGGGCGCCUUCGGGGACUCAGGCGAGCUGGACGAGUUCCUGCUGGAGUACGACCGCGUGGUGGAUGAGAACUCCCUGAAUCCCGGGCAGCAGCUGUACGAGAAGCUCAUCGGUGGCAAGUACAUGGGCGAACUGGUGCGGCUUGUGCUGCUGAAGCUUGUGGACGAGAAUUUGCUCUUCCACGGAGAGGCCUCAGAGCAGCUGCGCACGCGCGGCGCCUUCGAGACACGCUUCGUGUCGCAGGUGGAGAGCGAUUCCGGUGACCGCAAGCAGAUCUACAAUAUCCUGAGCACACUAGGGCUGCGGCCCUCGGCCACUGACUGUGACAUCGUGCGCCGAGCCUGCGAGAGCGUGUCAACGCGCGCCGCGCACAUGUGCGCCGCGGGACUGGCGGGCGUCAUCAACCGGAUGCGCGAGAGCCGCAGCGAGGACGUGAUGCGCAUCACCGUGGGUGUGGACGGCUCCGUGUACAAGCUGCACCCCAGCUUCAAGGAGCGGUUCCACACCAUCGUGCGCAGGCUGACGCCCAGCUGUGAAAUCACCUUCAUUGAGUCCGAGGAGGGCAGCGGUCGGGGCGCGGCCUUGAUCUCUGCGGUGGCCUGCAAGAAGGCUUGCAUGCUGGGCCAGUAAAGAAAGGCUGCAAAGCAGGAAGGAAGCUGUGGCCGGCUAUUGGACCUGGGCGCCAGGGGACACUCUCCUUACAAGUCUCCCCGACCUGGCCCAAUUGAGAGGCUUCUCCUUGUGAGGACCUUGGAUGCCUUCCAUCCCGGUUGUCACCCCCAGAAGAUGGGGGAAAGCCUCUGGAGAGGUUGCGGAGGGUCCAGGCAGGCCUCUUCUCUCAGGGUCAGUUGGUGAGAUAGCCCUAGGGCCCUGACUGGGUUGGGAGCAGAAAUGAACAGGAAUGGAGAACCCUCAAAGUACCUCGCCUUUCUUGCUGGAAUUAAGGACCCAGAAGGGAGUUAUUCACUCAGGAUUUUGUUGCAUUUCUGCACUGCUUGUCUCUUGGAGCUUUCAGCCUGGCUCAGCCCUGGCUCUGAGAAGGGGGUGCCCUCUGGAUCCUACUACAGCCUGGCUUCCCCAUGAGCUCAGCCUGUGUGGGGAGGCAGCCCUCAUCACCUGGCCAGACCUAGACCUGGAUUCCACAGGGGCCCUGGGGAGCUGCUGAUCACUCAGGCCCAUGAAAUGGAAGGGGCAAGCUCCACAGUGGAGGCUGUGGUUACCCUGAGGCCUGGAGAUGGCAGCCUUUUCCCUCCUAUCCUGCCAUCCCUGAGUGGUCUGUGGUUCUGGGAUGGACCCUCACAGGAGAUGCAGGAGACAGAGUCCCCAAAGUCUCUGCCCAGAGGGGCCCAGGAAAAGGAGGAGUCCCCCCACCCACAGACAGGCCUGGGAGCAUCUCUGAGAUCGAGUCCCUGGCUCCCAUGGCCCUGGGCACUCAAAAAGCCCAGCAGCACUCAGCACACACCCCAAGGGACAAGCUAGGCAUCUUUCUUCUCAGCAGACUUCCAUGUACCACACCAACAUAUCCAUGCCCAACCUGGAACUGUGUGGUUUUUUUUUUUUUUUUUAAUUAAAAGUUUUAAAAGUUUAGAACAUGACCUUGUCCACUGUUCUUUGACCUCUGUGUAUGAGACUGUGGGACAGCACACAUAUAGACGUGAUCCUGUGCACACAGACACUCUGCAGGCCAAGGUGUGUCUUGAAAUUUGCCAUCCUCUCUGGUGAGCCAUGCUGGGGAGUAUGAAGAGUAACACACAAGGCUGCAGGAACAGGAAUGGCUUGGGGGCAGUGUGGGGGGUGUGGUUAGGGGUCCUGGACUUGACCAGGCCUCUGCCCACCAGCCUGUGGGAUUCAGGGUGUGGUUCCACAUGUCUGUAAUCACUCAGCAGCUCUGAGGUCUCUGAGAACUUCAGGUGCAAUCCUGGAGGGAGUGGGGCUACUCUAAGAAGGGGGACAGGGCUGAUCUCUGGGGACUGGUCCUGCUGCAGAUUGGUCUCAGCAGGGAGUCCCUGGAGCCACUUAGGUUGUGACAGUGAUGGAAGGGGUGGGAGAAAGAAUUACAAGAAGUCACAUGGGGACUUCCCUGGUGGUUCAGUGGCUAAGACUCCGCACUCCCAAUGAAGGGGGCCUGGGUUCCAUCUCUGGUCUGGGAACUAGAUCCCACAUGCCACAACUAAGAGUUUUCAUGCUGCAACUAAAGAUCCUGUGGGCUGCAGU